UUUAUAUAUUCAUUGUGGGUUUCUCAAUUUAAAAAGUAAAAAAAAAGUAAAAAGAUUUAAAUUAAAUUAAAAAUGAAAACGUUGGCAUCAAGUAAAAAAAAGAAAAUAUUUGAAAUAAUGUGUGUAGAGAGUGGGAGAAGUGGAUAAAUAAAUAGAACAAAUUUUUUUAUUUAUUGAUUGAUGAUUAAUUUAUAUAUUGGUUGUGUGUUUCUCAAUUUAAAAAGUAAAAAAAAAAAAGUAAAAAGAUUUAAAUUAAAUUAAAAAUCAAAACGUUGGUAUCAAGAAAUAGAAGAAAAUAUUUGAAAUAAUGUGUUUAGAGAGUGGGAGAAGUGGGAACGUGGCAAUAACCGUCACAAACUGAAAUCCGACAUAUAAACAAAUAAAACCGUUUAAAUUAAACCUGAAGCAAAAUUAAAAAAUAAAUUAAAGAGAAUGAACAUAGAGAAAGAGUGUUUAAUGAAAGAAAUGAGGAGCAGUAAGCGUUAUUAUUAUCAAAACAACAGCCAUAAUUACAAUAUAAGUAGCAGUAGCAGCAGCAAUGAAGGAGAAGGAAAAGAAACUGUUUUAAGAAAAGGGCCAUGGAAGGAAGAAGAAGAUCAAGUUUUACUUAAACAUGUUCAGAAAUAUGGUCCCUGUAAAUGGAGCUCCAUUCGAUCCAAAGGCCUUCUUCAACGAACUGGCAAGUCUUGUCGUCUUCGUUGGGUUAAUAAACUCCGACCCAAUCUGAAAAAUGGGUGCAAAUUUUCGAAAGAGGAAGAAAAAGUGGUGAUAGAAAUGCAGGUAGAAAUAGGGAAUAAAUGGGCAAGAAUUGCUACAUAUUUACCAGGAAGAACAGAUAAUGACGUCAAGAAUUUUUGGAGUAGCAGGCAAAAAAGAUUAGCAAGGCUUUUGGUGUCUGAAAAUAAUCCGCGUACUAAAAAGCGCAAAUCUUCUGCUAUUCAUACUGCUAAUUAUUCUCGGGUGCCCAAGAAUUGUUCAACGGUGGGAGAAACAUCCACAAAUGUUCAAUCUCAGAUCAUAUCAUAUCCAGGUUCAACAGACAACAAUUAUCCAUCUAUUGAACCCAACAAUGUUACUGAUUGCCUCCAACCAAUUCCCUUAAACCAGGAGUACACCGAUACUAAUUACCCAAACUUGUUUUUAUCAGAAGAAGAAAUAUGUUUCCCUUCCAUUCCCUACAACCAAACAGAUCUUAUGUUUGUACCAGAAACACAGGAAAUCAUAGAUAGUCUUGAUUACAGCUUUUUUUACCCCUUUGAAUCCUCAUAUAGACCAGCAGCAUUUGUUAAUGAUGGGACCCACUUUCCCCUAUGUUCUUAUGGAGGUGACCUAAGUGGUGAAACAACAACAGCAAGUUUGAAGACUGAUAAUCUUGGUAUUACAAAUUGCUUAUGGGAUGACUUCCCAUCAGACAUGUUUGAUCAUCAGUUCAUAUAGCCUUAUACAAGCCCUUCUAGUUAUUAACUAAGUAGAUGAUUAGGAUUUAGUAUUAAGCAACAUUUUACUGAUGUUCUCACUUAAUGAAUUAUUUUUAUAGCUUUAAUUUGGUAGUUUAAGCUUUUCUAAUGUACCCAAA